CAACUACCAACUACCAACUCACUGCUCAGCAUCAAAUCAAAUCAAAUCGAAUCCAUCCAACAAGAAAUCAAAAUGUCAAGUUCAUCAUCAUCCAACAAACUAGAUCCACUGAUCUUAUUAAGAAGAGCCAUCACAAGUAGAAAUGAUAUACAUUUAAUCUCAUCAGAAAACCAAAAAGUAUUUACUUUAUCAGAUUGUAGUAUGUUAUCAUUACCAAGUUCAUCAGGUCAACGAAUCUUAAUUCCAAAAACAUUAGUCACAAGGUAUCGAAAACCAGAUUCACCAAUCGAUUCAACCCCACUUACUUCACCUGAACACUUUUAUGAUCUUCAAUCGAUCUUGUUAUGUUAUUUGAAUCGAGAAUCAGGUGUAGGAUCUUACAUUCAAGAAGCUAAUUUACAAAAAUGUAGUUUUGUAACUGCAACUGAACGGAAACUUUUGAAUGAUUAUUUAGAGAGUAAAAACUCGAUUGAACCUAAUCGGAUUCUUCAAAUAGAUUUGUCUCAUUCACUUUAUCAAGAUUUAAAUCAUCAGAUUAAUUCGAUUGGACAUCCUAACACAACUGAUCAUCAUCAAUCUAAAGUUUCGAACCAUCAGACCAACGCGCAAGAAAGUUUAUCAACUCAUCAUCAAGACUUGAGUGUCGAAACUCAAAAUGGAAUAGCAGGAGGAGUCGUAGGAGCAGGAGGAGGAGUAGGACCAUCACCUAAUAAAAGAGUGAGAUAUAUAGUAGACAAACCUGAUCAAGAAUUAGUGAAACGGAUCAUGAAAUUACACGAGAUUCGUCAAGUGUCAGAUCGAAAGAGUAACAGAUUCGAACCACCAAACGUUCUAAGAACUUCAGGCACUCAAACUACCGCAUCAGAAGACGUAGUCGAAGUAAGACAUCGUAGAGGUUACACCUCAUCACACGUCGUCUUACCUUCUAGUUUGGGAGGCCAUCAAUCUAAUUCAUCGAGCGAUCGAGCUGCACGGUACUUUGUGGUGGAUGGUGUAGAUGCUCUAAGUAAGUUUGGGGAAGAUGCUUGGGAUAGGGUGGUUUGUGUGAUGACUACUGGUCAAGAAUGGCAAUUUAGACCUUAUAGAUGGAGUGAUCCAAAAGAACUUUUUCAUCAUGUUAAAGGAUUCUUUAUGCAAUGGACACAUGAUCCACCUAAUCCAAAAGUAAGAGCCUGGAACGUCACCGAAUUAAGAAUUGAUCAAUCCAAACGUCAUAUAGAUAAAUCAGCAGCAGCUGAUUUUUGGAGAAGUUUAGAAGCUUGGAUCGCAUUACACAAACCAUUUGUGGCAUACUGA